GCCGAUACUACUGCCUAAAGCUACCAUAAAUCGUUUCCCUUAUUAACACAUCUACUAGGUUCCAGCCCGGUGGACCCAACCUCCGAUCAUUUUCCUUGACCUACCUGGAUAACAGUGUACAUGGAUUUUGGCGAUUCUCAGUUUCAGGGCGCAACGCCCAGCGGGGAUGACUUCAACAGUUUCGCAGCUGCAGUUCCAGCGGCACCGAUAGCCCCUGAAACAGCCCCUGGUGAGAACGGUAGCGGCCUUGAAGACUUUUUUGGUGGCUCUGGGGGAGCGGCCCCGGCGACAUCUGCAUCUGUGGGGUUGCCACUUGCUCCUGAGGGCAUCUUCAUGGAGGAUCCUGCUCCCAGCUACCCGGAUACCGAUGCUCCGGCGGCCGCAGCUGCUGCCGGAAACGACGAGCCCUUCUUCCAGCACUACGAGCCCCCGGCUCCUCCUGCGCCAGCCCCUGCACCCGAGGUUGUUGACCCCCGUGUGGAGUGGCGCAAGCAGAAUGCUGAAGUGCUGAAGAAGAAGGACGCGGAGGAGGCGGCAGCCAAGGCGAAGCUCAAGGACGCCGCCUCGCAGCACCUCUCCAAGUUCUACGAGGUCCGCGGCACCACGCUGACCACCCGCAAGGCCAACAACCGCAAGUCCGACGCGCACCAGCGUGAGGUGGAGGUGCCCGCCUCGGGCAGCGCCUGGGAGAAGAUCCACGCGCUCGUCAACCUGAACAGCGGCAACCACUCCAAGGACGUGGCGCGCUACAAGGCGGUGCUCAUCGCGUGCAAGAGCAGGAACCUGGCGGUCAGUGCGUGAGGCCGAGCAGCAGCAGGGAGGAAGAGCGGGAAAAGUGCAGCGCAUUGGUGUGGCUGUAGGCUCGGCGGGUGCCUGGAGAGAGGUACGAAGAAGUAGCACACCUUGCAGGCGGGAGAGGGGUUCAGCGGAGGGAGGGAGGAGGGAGGAGGAGGGUUUGUGAGGAGGAGUGGGGUCAGCACGGACGGCAGCAGCAGCAGCAGCUUCCAGUUGGUGGGGUAUGAGGGGUAGUACUAGGGCGCUGUAAUGACGGGAAGGUACCGGGUGUGGAGAUGACUGCACAUGGAUUCCCAGGGUACAUGCGCAAUGUAGCUGCUUUCGUGGGGAGGCCUUUAGGUUGUGUGUGUGUCUUGAAGGAGGGGUGCUUCAGCUGAUGGGCCCUUUAAUGGGUGGGUGGCAUUGACAAGCAUAACGUGUGCGAUGCAAAGACCAUAUCUGUCAUGCAGGAAUAAGGGCUGUAUGCGGUACAAGGACCCCCUCACUGGUGUAUCAUAUAUGUUCAUGUGCCGUCCAGCUGACCAAGGUUAUUAAAUUGCACGGCUUGGUACCUUGUAAGGUCCCUCCAUUGUCCACGUAGAGUACAACUUCAGACCCCCACCAACCGACGACAGCAACAUCAGACCUUACGCCGCAGGUACCGGUAUUGGUGGCAGUCAUGUGCCUUGCCAACACGCAGUCAUGUCCCGCAAACAGGCAGCACACGGUAGCAUCAGCUCCUGUUACCACUGUGCAGUACAUGUACAACCCGCCGCAUGCUCGAAAUGUAUUAC